GGAGUUUCGUGUUGUCUUGUGCUCAGCUCUCCUCUCUCUCUAGCUCGUCUCAAAAAUAUUGCUCUGGUUAAUGAAGAUUAUUCUAAGAAAUAUUGGAGGAGCGGCAUCAUCACAGACGUCACUCUAGAGCUUCUUCCCUUCCAAGUUGCGGGAGAGAGUGUGUAUUUCACGGCAUCAUAUCUCCCAUAUCUUUUUAUCUGUUUUGGCAUUCUCUAUCCCUUCUUUGAUUCUCUUCACCACCAACACUACUACUGCUACUCCACUAUCACCAAUUCACCACGCCUAGAAAGCAAGGAGAAGUGAGUCUCUCCCUCUCAAACACAUACGCACCCCGUGCGUCACCACUUUUAUCAUUCGUCUCUUGAAUUAUUCAUCCAUUGUUUUCCGUGAUUGACCUUGAUUAUAUUUCAUUUAACAUCUGUUGUUUUAAGGUCAUGUGGCCUAGAUUAGUCGCCAACAAGUUUCUCAGGAAGAGGAUUUGCAGCAACAACUUCGUUGCAGAUUUUCCAAGCAACUCCGGAGCGUUGCUGCAGAUUCCGACCCUUGACGAAGAGUCCCUCGUCUCUACGCCCAUUUUCGAUCAGAAGGAGAUACCCAAGUACAAGAUUUUUGUUAGUACAUGGAACGUCGGUGGGGUUGCGCCACCUGAAGGUUUGAAUAUCGAGGAUUGGCUGGACACAUGCAAGACCUCCUGUGACAUCUAUGUUUUAGGGUUUCAAGAAGUGGUGCCUCUUAAUGCAGCGAAUAUUCUAGGAUCUGAGAAUAGUAAGAUUGCCAUGAAAUGGAAUUCUUUGAUCAGAGAAGCUCUGAACAAGAGGGUAAGAAGUCGAGACAAGAAUGAAAUAGAUAAACAAGCUGGAGAAAUGCAAAAUGGAUUUCCUGUAAAAGAUGGAAAAUUGGUAAUUGAAAGCAGAGGUCCUCAAGACUACAGGUGCAUCAUAAGCAAGCAAAUGGUGGGGAUACUGAUCUCAGUUUGGGUUCGAAGUAGUCUUCUUCCAUACAUACAGCACCCAAGUGUCUCCUGUGUAGGCUGCGGCAUCAUGGGCUGCCUAGGGAACAAGGGUUCAGUGUCUAUUAGAUUUCUGUUACAUGGAACAAGCUUCUGCUUUGUUUGCUGUCAUCUAGCUUCAGGGGGAAGAGUGGGGCAUGAGAGGCAUAGGAAUUCAAAUGCCGCGGAUAUACUAUCUCGAACAAGCUUUCCUAGAGGCCCUUCACUUGAUGUGCCGCAAAAGAUUCUAGACCAUGAUCGAGUGAUUCUGCUUGGAGACUUGAAUUAUAGGGUCUCCCUUCCGGAGGAAACCACGAGGUUACUUGUGGAUAAAAGAGAGUGGAGUACCCUGCUUGAGAAUGAUCAGCUAAUGAUGGAGGUGAUGGAUGGGCAAGUGCUUGGAGGUUGGCAGGAAGGACACAUCGAAUUUGCUCCUACUUACAAAUAUUAUCCGAAUUCCGACGUAUACUAUGGAGGUAGUCAAGGCCAAAAAGGCGAGAAGAGACGCGCUCCUGCCUGGUGCGAUAGAAUAAUUUGGUACGGGAAGGGGCUAAAGCAACAACUUUACACGAGAGGAGAGGUGAAGAUAUCGGAUCACCGACCAGUGAAGGCAAUUUUUACAGCCGAAGUUGGGGUAUUACUAACACUGAAAGAAUUCCAGACCUUCUUCCUGACGUCAGACAGGUUUGAACAAAUUGCUAGCCGGUUUGAUCCGAUCUCCACUGAUGAGUUUCUAUGCAGUGGCAGAUCAAGCUUCCAUAUUUGAGACUAAAUUUAUUUAAGAAUUAAAAAGAAAAAAAGAAAAAAAAAGAAAGUCAGCACGAGAAGCUUCUGUUUGUAUUGCUUGAAGUUGCUGAUGAGUGUACAGUGAUGUUGAUUUUCAUUUUCUCGUUGUUUUCCGCCAUAAAGGCUGUCUAUGUCACGCUUUCUUAUUCAAUGGAUCAUAUCAUUAUAGA